AUCACCAACCCAAACACCAGCCCCGUUGGGAGGACCAGCCACCAGGCCUCACAGAACCCCAGGGUCUCAUCUCGGCAGUGUCACCAUGUCCCGGCCCAGCAGCAGAGCCAUUUAUAUGCACCGGAAGGAGUACUCGCACAGCCUCACCUCAGAGCCCACCCACCUGCAGCACAGGGUGGAGCACCUGAUGACGUGUAAGCUGGGCACUCAGAGAGUCCGGGAGCCCAAGGACGCCCUGCAGAAGCUGCAGGAAAUGGAUGCUCAGGGCCGGGUAUGGAGCCAGGACUUGCUCCUCCAGGUCAAAGAUGGCUGGCUGCAGCUACUGGACAUCGAGACCAAGGAGGAGCUAGACUCUUACCACCUGAACAGCAUCCAGGCCAUGGAUGUGGCGCUCAACACCUGCUCCUACAACUCCAUCCUGUCCAUCACCGUGCAGGAAUCGGGUCUGCCGGGCAACAGCACUCUGCUUUUCCAGUGCCAGGAAGUGGGGGCAGAGCGACUGAGGACCAGUCUGCAGAAGGCCCUGGAGGAGGAACUGGAGCACAGACCCCGAUUUGGAGCCCUUCACCAAGGCCAGGACAGAUGGAGGGGUCCUCCUCCGGAAAGGCCAAUCCCUAAGGAGCAGGCACCCCCUCUGGAGCGGGGACCCCCUCCAGAACAGACCCGCUGGAUGGCCCCAGAGCACAGUAUACCACCUUCCCCAAGGUCCUUGUCACGUCACUCCAGCACCCGAGAACCAAGUGCCUUCCAUCUGCCUCCUCCAAGGCGGCCACCAUCUCCUGAGGACUCAGUCAGGGAUGAGGAGGUGCUGAACCAUGUCCUAAGGGACAUCGAGCUAUUCGUGGGACAUCUGAAGGAGGCCCAGGCAAACACCAGUCAUAAGAAGAAGAGACUGGGGAAGAAAAAGAACAAGGCCAAGGGAGGGGUGACACAGGCACAGUACAUCGAUUGCUUCCAGAAGAUCAAGUACAGCUUCAACCUCCUGGGGAAGUUGGCCAUGCAGCUGCAGGAGACAAGUGCCCCUCAGUUCGUACACAUCCUCUUCCAAACUCUGGACUUCAUCCUGACCCAGUGCCCUGAGCUUGGCCUAGCAGCCCAAGUGAUCUCACCCCUCCUCACCCCCAAAGCCAUCACCCUGCUGCAGUCCUGUCUAAGCCCUCCUGAGAGUAACCUCUGGAAGGGGCUGGGUGCAGCCUGGACCACCAGCCGGGCCGACUGGACAGGCAAUGAGCCUCCGCCCUACCAACCUGUUUUCUAUGAUGGUUGGCAGCCUCCAGAACCCUCCUACCAGGCACUCUCAGGAUACCAGGACUCUCCUUCCCUCCAGCCCUUCAGCCCCAAACCUGUCAAGCCAGCCCUGAGAAUGCAAGUCCUAUAUGAGUUUGAAGCUCGGAACCCACAGGAACUGACAGUGGUCCAGGGAGAGGUGCUGGAGGUUCUGGACCAGAGCAAGCGGUGGUGGCUGGUGAAGAAUGAGACAGGACAAAGCGGCUACAUUCCCAGCAACAUCCUGGAGCCCCUACAGUUGGGGUCCCCCGGAAGCCAGGGAGAGUCACCCCCUCGGGCUCCAAUGCUUCGACUUAGCUCAAGGCCUGCGGAGGUCACAGCCUGGCUGCAGGCAGAGAACUUCUCCACUGUCACUGUGAAGACUCUCGGGUCCCUGAUGGGCAACCAGCUGCUUCAUAUGAAACCCGGGGAGCUACGGAUGCUGUGUCCACAGGAGGCCCCACGGGUCCUGGCACGGCUGGAGGCAGUCAGAAGGAUGCUAGGGAUGAGCCCUUAGGCACCAAUUCAGACAUCUCCAAAACUAAGGCCUUCUCACAAGCAAGAUGGAGGAUCUGAUACUCUUUAGAGCCAAGAAUUCCUCUUUCAGGUCCCCAGUUUGCAAUGAACCUCACACUCAGCUCACACAGCAAAGAGGACGAGCAAGGCCAGAGAUUAGGGCAAAUGGUGCCCCUGUUGCUGCGUUGAGAUCCCUCCCGAGUUACCACCUAUUUAUUGUCUCUCUCCUAAGCCUGAGCACAU